ACACAGAGCGUGUUGUUAGAGCUGUUCUGAGCGGGUGUUUGGGCUGUUGGCUGCUUUCUUCCCCCUCUCUUACACACUUGUAUAUUAUUUUGAGGUGGUGUUCGCAGAGUUUGAAAGGAGAGAAUUUUUUUAAAAAGCCGCAAGCAUUUCACUCUUUUAUUUUUGUAAUCCCCUUCAAUUUGGGGUUAAAAAAAAAAGACAAGAAAACAGGAAGAAAAAUAAGGAAAUGAGAUGUGGUAAAAGAAGCUAAAAGGUGCCUUUUAAAAGAUCGUUGCUGUGAACUGAAAAAAUCUCCAGAGAAACCAAAAAAGCACCGCCGAGACCUCUUCCGAACCAAAGGAGUUUUGUGUUUGCUUUUAGGGAAGAAGAGAGAUCAUUCAUUCGGAGGAAUAACAGCCAAUUAAAAGACAAAUAAAAAAAAGUUUGGAGUGGGACGCAGAGCAAGCGGGCGACGCUGCCGGCGGGCGGUGGGCGCGGAGCUCGCACUUUCCCGGUCGCGGCGCCGGGCUCGGCGGGCGCACCUCGGCGGAGCGAACGUCGGAGCGUUGCCGCGGGAGACGCGCGCCGGACAAUGCCCGCGGCGGGCCAGUGACGCCCGCGGGGAAUGCGGAGCGGCCCGGCCACCGGCACCCAGCCGCCGCGCGUUCCUGCCGCCCGCGUCACGCGAGACCCGGCGGGGACCGGGAGCGCCCGAGCCGCCCCUCGGACCCGGCCGGCCGCCUCCACCACCACCUCCACCGCCGCCUCCUCCUCGGGGCCAUUAAAGCCAAUGAGCCGCGCGCCUCUGCCCAGCGCAGCCAACUAAAUCGGUUUGGAUGAUUCGCGACCUGAGCAAGAUGUACCCGCAGACCAGACACCCGGCACCGCAUCAGCCUGCUCAACCCUUUAAAUUUACAAUUUCCGAAUCCUGUGAUCGGAUUAAGGAAGAGUUUCAGUUUUUACAGGCUCAAUACCACAGUCUGAAGCUGGAGUGUGAGAAACUGGCCAGUGAGAAGACUGAGAUGCAGCGGCAUUAUGUCAUGUACUAUGAAAUGUCCUAUGGGUUGAAUAUAGAAAUGCACAAGCAGGCAGAGAUUGUCAAGAGGCUGAAUGCUAUCUGUGCACAAGUCAUUCCUUUCCUGUCCCAAGAGCACCAGCAACAAGUGGUGCAGGCUGUGGAACGGGCCAAGCAGGUGACCAUGGCAGAACUGAACGCCAUCAUUGGGCAGCAACAACUCCAGGCUCAGCAUUUAUCACAUGGACAUGGUCUGCCGGUGCCUCUGACUCCACACCCUUCGGGGCUUCAGCCCCCUGCCAUUCCACCUAUUGGUAGCAGUGCUGGGCUUCUGGCCCUCUCCAGUGCCCUUGGAAGUCAAUCCCACCUUCCAAUUAAAGAUGAGAAGAAGCACCAUGACAAUGAUCACCAAAGAGACAGAGACUCCAUCAAGAGCUCUUCGGUAUCCCCAUCAGCCAGUUUCCGAGGUGCUGAAAAGCACAGAAAUUCCACAGACUACUCCUCAGAAAGCAAAAAGCAGAAAACUGAAGAAAAGGAAAUAGCAGCACGUUACGACAGUGAUGGUGAGAAGAGUGAUGACAACUUGGUGGUCGAUGUUUCCAAUGAGGAUCCAUCUUCCCCUCGAGGGAGCCCAGCACAUUCCCCUCGUGAGAAUGGCCUGGACAAGACACGCCUGCUCAAGAAAGAUGCUCCAAUCAGCCCUGCCUCCAUUGCAUCUUCCAGCAGUACUCCUUCCUCCAAAUCCAAAGAACUUAGCCUUAAUGAAAAAUCUACUACUCCUGUUUCAAAAUCCAAUACCCCUACUCCACGAACUGAUGCACCCACCCCAGGCAGUAACUCCACUCCUGGAUUGAGGCCUGUACCUGGAAAACCACCAGGAGUGGACCCUUUGGCGUCCAGUUUAAGGACCCCAAUGGCCGUACCUUGUCCAUAUCCAACCCCAUUUGGGAUUGUGCCCCAUGCUGGAAUGAAUGGGGAACUGACCAGCCCUGGAGCUGCUUAUGCUGGACUGCACAACAUCUCCCCGCAAAUGAGUGCAGCCGCCGCCGCUGCUGCCGCCGCCGCCGCCUAUGGAAGAUCUCCAGUGGUGGGGUUUGAUCCACACCAUCACAUGCGUGUGCCAGCAAUACCUCCAAAUCUAACAGGCAUUCCAGGAGGAAAACCAGCUUACUCCUUCCAUGUCAGUGCAGAUGGUCAGAUGCAGCCUGUGCCCUUUCCUCCUGACGCCCUCAUUGGACCUGGAAUCCCCCGACAUGCUCGCCAGAUCAACACCCUCAACCAUGGGGAGGUGGUGUGUGCAGUGACCAUCAGCAACCCCACUAGGCACGUGUAUACAGGUGGCAAGGGCUGUGUCAAGGUCUGGGACAUUAGUCACCCUGGCAACAAGAGUCCUGUCUCUCAGCUUGACUGUCUGAACAGGGAUAACUACAUCCGUUCCUGCAGAUUGCUCCCUGAUGGUCGCACCCUAAUUGUUGGAGGGGAAGCCAGCACUUUGUCCAUUUGGGACUUGGCUGCUCCGACCCCCCGCAUCAAGGCAGAGCUGACAUCCUCGGCCCCCGCCUGCUACGCCCUGGCCAUCAGCCCCGACUCCAAGGUCUGCUUCUCAUGCUGCAGUGACGGCAACAUCGCUGUGUGGGACCUGCAUAACCAGACCUUGGUGAGACAAUUCCAGGGCCACACAGAUGGAGCCAGCUGUAUUGAUAUUUCUAAUGAUGGCACCAAGCUCUGGACAGGCGGUUUGGACAAUACUGUCAGGUCUUGGGACCUACGUGAGGGGCGGCAGCUGCAGCAGCAUGACUUCACCUCACAGAUCUUUUCUCUGGGCUACUGCCCAACUGGAGAAUGGCUGGCAGUGGGGAUGGAAAACAGCAACGUUGAAGUUUUACAUGUUACCAAGCCAGACAAAUACCAGUUACAUCUUCAUGAGAGCUGUGUGCUGUCACUCAAGUUUGCUCACUGUGGCAAAUGGUUUGUGAGCACUGGAAAGGACAACCUUUUGAAUGCCUGGAGAACACCUUAUGGGGCCAGUAUAUUCCAGUCCAAAGAAUCCUCAUCGGUGCUUAGCUGUGACAUCUCUGUGGAUGACAAAUACAUUGUCACUGGCUCUGGGGAUAAGAAAGCCACGGUUUAUGAAGUUAUUUAUUAAGGACAAAUCUUCAUGCGAACUGGACUCCUUUUCCUUGUAGCACUUUGCGCUCUCAUCCUUUUUUGUUCACCCUGCCUACCCCCACAUCUAAAACCAAGAAUUUCAGAUACUUACUGCAGUUGUGGAGUUUAAUCCCCUAACUCUAACCCCACUUCCCCCACCUCCUCCUCGCUAUUGAAUUGUGAAUACUCAUUAAGAACCUGUGAUACCAAAUCUUCAGCUAUCUCCUUGGAAGAACAUGGAAUAAGCAUACUUAACAGUGAACGGAAUCUUUAAUUAUGUAUUAUACCUGUAAUAUAUUUAUUUUGUUUAAAGAAGGCUUUCUAACAAUGACUGACUAAAUAAAGCUGUCUGCUCCUGCA